UGCAAUAUUUUUGUGCUGCUUUUUGGACAAUUCCCACCCGUGUUUCCUGUAGCCCUUCUACCCGACCCCGUUUAUCCACAUCGCGUAGCUAAUAUCCGGCCAUGGAGACUGUUAUCCACAACAUCACAUAUGUAACAAUAAACAACUACAUUGUCAAUGGCACCGCCUCAGACACACCCACCGGCGCGCUUUACAAACGCAAAGGCUCCCAGUCCGACAGCAACAGCGGCAUCGAUAUCAACCAGAUUGACCUGUUCAGCGGCGUGCCUGCACUGCUGGCGCUGAUAGUCGGUUUCCUGCAAUUCCUCCCCGAUCCGACCCGCGGCUAUCGCACAGUCCUCCUCAAAUACAUCCGAUGGCUGAGGCAGCAGAGCGAGCAGGAGUUUGGCAUUGCACUGCGCGCAUGCGAGAAGAACUGCCACACAACAUCGUUCCGGGUUUCGCAGUCGUCGAUCGAAGAGCGCGCCAAGGCCGAUGUAGAUGAGGAAGACGCGCCCAUGUGCCACAGCCAGCAGCUGCUACGGAUAGAUGAUUUGGUAAAAAUCAUUCAGAACGGCAAUGCCGAGACAUUCGUGUGCUUGGCGCGCAUAACCCGCUAUGUGCACAUGCAGGAAUUGCGGAAGGCAGUCAGGAUUGUAUCGUAUAUACCAAAGUCCGGGCGGCGGAUUGUUGCUUGGCAGUGGAUCCAUGUUGCCGUCAAGUACCUUUUCUUUGCGAUGUUCUAUGGUGCAGUGGCACAGUUCUUCUCUCGCCUAUUCACCCUGGAAAUCGGCCGGACCGGUGGCACAAUCAGCGACGAGUCACUGGACCUCAGCGAGAGCACAGAUGGCCCUGUGCGCGAACGCCGACUUAUAUCCAUGCUCUACACCGACCACUGCUCGGUAGCCCAGUGCAUGUCAGCCAUUGGCAUCCAAGCAAUCCGCAUUGCACUGCUGCGCAAGUACAUUACACAGGGCGACGGGUACAUGGUCUUUCAGCACGACAAGCUGGCCAACAACUUCAUGGCGCUAUAUGGCAUGUUGACCAAAACAACAUCGGUUCGGCACACUGCAACCGAAAACUCCGACAUGUAUGGUGGCAUUAGCCAUUCGGCUACCAUGAUUGGGCCGUCCUGGAAAAAACCACGCACCCGCAAAGCCUCAGCUCCCCGCCCUAUCAACCCACGCGCGGAGAAGGCCAUCACCAGCGAGUACGAGUUUGUCAGCGUGCUGAAUCUGUCGCUGAUCUUUGGUGUGCCGGUUCCGCAGCCAACAUACGACAAGAUCUGUCGUAGCCAGGACCGCAUGAUCUGGAUCAUCGACACUGUGCUCAACCACUAUCAAAGCUGGGAAAUCCACUGGAGCGUCAGCUCAUGGACCUUACGGCUCCUGUAUAUGAACAGCGGCGCAUUGUGCAUAUCGGGGUUCCAGCACAAGUAUCAUCUGUGGCUAGGCAAGGUCCGGCGUGCAAUUGCUAGACGCGAGAGCGGAACCGCAACGUGGGCAUGGCUUGCUGAGAAGCUGUUCACUCCUGAAGCUGUCACUCCUCGCGCCUUGUAUGUGAGCAACCCCGAGUGGUGCACCUGUGCUAGCCACUGCGACGCAACAUGCACGCUGCUGGCAAACACCUUCGAUCUGUUCAUCCCCGAGGGAUACUACCUGACCAUCCCGUAUCUGCUGGCUAGCGAGACGCGGCCACGCACGCUGCUGUGCACUCGCGAUAUCAGAUUUGUCUCUGAGGCACUCGAGCACCAUCGUCUAGGCGACGCAUACUACUACUCGAUGGUCAUGGACACGUCGAAGCGGCCACUGGUCCUGUGUGACAGCCGUAUAUAUGAUCUGAAGCUUGCUCCGCUCAACCCACGCAAAGGCAACGACAACAGCGACGAUUCAGGAGGCAUAGGAAUCCGCGAAAUCGACCUCUUCAGCGGAUCGUCAAUUGAAGAGCGUGCCAAGGUGGAUGUCGACGAGGAGGAUUAUCCGGUAUGCGAUGGGCACCAGACUCUGAAUGCCGACGACCUGAUUAAGAUUAUUCAGAACGGCAGUGCUGAGGGGGUUUUGAGCUUGGCCAGAAUCACAAAGUAUGUGCACAUGGAUGAGCUUGAGAAGGCAGUUAGGUUGAUUUCCUACAUCCCCAAGUCUGGGCGACGGAUUGUUGCUUGGCAGUGGAUCCAUGUCGGCGCAGACGCCUUCGACAAUCGCGAGUAUGAGGAUCCGGGGCUAUACAGAAUGUCGACUCUGGCGCAGCACAAACUGGCUUGUAGUCAGCUGCCAUGGGUGCAGUUCGGCACGUACUCGUUGCUGUCUGAACUCGCCAGCAAGCGCAUUACAUUUCGACUGAAGGACCGUGACGAGGAAAUCGGCCGCACUGGCGGCACCGCGCACGAAAUCGAUGCACUGGGACUCGGUGAGAAUAUUGAAGGGCCUGUGCGCGAGCGCCGUCUUUUGACCAUGAUGUUCACAGACCACUGCUCUGCUGCACAGUGUAUGUCGGCCAUCGGCAUCCAGACGAUUCUGUGUGGCCUGUGGGGGUCGCUGAAAAUCACCCAUGGCGACGGGUACAUGGUCUUUCAGCACGACAAGCUGGCUAACAACUUCAUGGCGCUGUACGGACAGCUGCUGAGAACUACGUCCAUAGUGCAUACUGCCAACGCGACCUCUGAAACUAUACGGCAACAGCAGUCGUGCUACCAGCGUGACUGCACCGCUCUGGAGACGAUCGCUGACACGCAAACCCAAGCCGCUAUCACCAGCGAGAACGAGUUUGUCGGCGUGCUGAAUCUGUCGCUGGUUAAUUUGAAUCGCGGGCCGGAUGGAAAAAGCUACUUUGUGAACGACUGCCGAAUCUGCAACGACCGCAUGAUCUGGAUCAUCGACACUGUGCUCAACCACUAUCCAAAGCUGGGACAUUCACUGGGGCGUGUGUCCAUGGGUGCUAAGGCUCCUGUAUAUGAACAGCGGCGCUUGUGCAUAUCGGGGUUCCAGCACAAGUACCAUCUGUGGCUAGGCAAGAAGCUGUUCACUCCUGAGGCUGUCACUCCUCGCGCCUUGUAUGUGAGCAACCCCGAGUGGUGCACCUGUGCUAGCCACUGCGACGCAACAUGCACGCUGCUGGCAAACACCUUCGAUCUGUUCAUCCCCGAGGGAUACUACCUGACCAUCCCGUAUCUGCUGGCUAGCGAGACGCGGCCACGCACGCUGUUGUGCACUCGCGAUAUCAGAUUUGUCUCUGAGGCGCUCGAGCACCAUCGUCUAGGCGACGCAUCAAGCGAGAUUGCGAUGUACUACUACUCGAUGGUCAUGGACACGUCGAAGCGGCCACUGGUCCUUUGUGACAGCCGUAUAUAUGAUCUGAAGCUUGCUCCGCUCAACCCGUACAUCGACCUGUCGACGACGGCGGAGACCAAGAUCCCGACACUGCAGACACUACGCCGGUGA